AUGAACGUUUAUACCUCCGAUAUCAAGCAUUAUAGAAAGGCUCCACCACCACCUUCAGGUUCAGGUCACAGUACGAGUAUCCCAGGGAUUGGAUCUGAAGAUAUUCAUCACCAUCUUCAUAGCAAUGGAGUGUCUGCCCCAAUCCUAGGCCCGAUGGCUGAGCUGUCUUCUUCAGUAAAUGGGUCCAGCACAAGCUUAAACCAACCCUCUGCCAACAUCAAUAACAACACAUCACUCGAUAGCAAUCUUAGUAACAUGUCCAUUGAUAAUAAUAGUAGCAGUGGUAGUAGCAACAUCUCAAAAAACAAUAUCAAUAGUGGGACAGCUGGUUCGUCUAUCAGAUUGGGAUCCAGUAAACGCCAAUCGGGUUGGGUCCAUGUCAAGGAUGACGGGAUUUUCACUUCAUUUCGCUGGAAUAAAAGGUUCAUGGUCAUUAACGAUAAGACUUUAAAUUUCUACAAGAAUGAACCAAUACUUCACGCAAAUAUCCAUAUAGACAGUCAAACAGCAGCUGCUAAUUCUCCAGAUUUAUCAUUCCCGUUAAAUCAAGUGGGCUCUAUUCAAUUGAAACCAAACACGGGGAACACUAAGCAAUCGCAUACUUUGGAAAUCUUACCAAAAAACAAUGGAAAGUCGAUAUUGAUUCUGAUCAAACACCAUAAUGACUAUUUGGACUGGGUAGAUGCAUUCACCGCAAAGUGCCCUCUAGUAAAUAUCGGCAGCGCAAUUGGUAACGGCUCUACUAACAUUGCUGGUGUUUCCAGUCCUAUAAAUUUCACCCACAAGGUUCAUGUCGGAUUUGACCCAGCCAGUGGGAAUUUCACUGGAUUGCCUGACACAUGGAAGAAUUUGUUACAGCAUUCCAAGAUUACAAAUGAGGAUUGGAAGAAAGAUCCAGUAGCUGUUAUUGAAGUUUUGGAAUUUUAUCUGGAUAUUAACGGGGGUAAUACACCUGUGAACCUGCCUGGAAUUAAUGCAAGUGCAACAUUGCAGGAAUGGACCAAGCACCCCAAGGCACAAACAACCACUACCGGUACAGGUAGCAACCUUAAUACUAACUCUGCAUCUGCAUCUGGCUCUGGGUUUAAACCGAGUAGAGCUGCGCCAAAACCUCCAAUUCCAUAUCAUAUGUCUCAUCAAAAAAGCUCAUCCAAUGUUUCUCCAUUGCAAAAUUUGAUGAAGAAUAGCAAAGAUGAGGAUAGUAGUGACAACAGCAACAUUUUGAAUGGAGAUUUGAGUAGUAAUGGACUGAAUCCAGAUCUAAUCCCUGUGAGAAAGGCUCCCCCUCCACCCCAGUUCAAUAAUAAACUGCUGCAAGGACAGCAGCAAGCAAAUCAAUCUUCCAGUUCUUCAUUAUAUAAAUCAAGUGCUAAGCCACAGCUGCAGCCUCCGUUGAUUCCAAAGUCUCAACCUCAAUCUCAACUGCCUUCCCAGCAAGUUCUGCCUCAUGCUCUGCUGCAACUGCCUGAUCUCAAGGUUAACACCAACUUCCCUAGUAAUGGCAAGUAUCCUCAAGGUAAUGGACCAGCUAGUGCGCCAGUUGGUGGGCCAAGCUACAUUAAACCAUUUGGAUUGAAGAGCGCCCAACAGUCUCAACUGCAACUGCAACUGCAACUGCAAUUACACUCACAGCAAUCACCAGCACAUCAAUAUUCUCCAAAAUCUGGACUUAAUGUUAUACCAAAUUCUUCAUCCCCAUCUCAACAGUCAAUCAAACCUUUGCAACCUAGGCCGGUACCUCAGCAACUGCACUCUCAACCACUGAUUUUGCAAGUAGGAAGUGACGGUAAUGCACCACAUCAUAUCCAACAGCCCAAGCACUACCAACCUCAAAAACUGUCGCAAGCACAGAAAACUCAACAGCAACAAAAGCAAUUCAAUCAACCUACUCCAGGUACUUUCCAGCCUCUGCAUCAGCACCAAAAUUCACAGCAUGAUCUUAAACAGGGCCAAGUACAUUCUCAAGGCCAGGGCCAACCAGUUCAGAAAACUGCAAAGCAAUUAAAGCGCGAGCGUGAGAAGCUUACGGAAAUGCAAGUCAUUGCUAAGUUAAAAACUGUUGUUAAUAAUAAGGACCCAACGCCACUUUUUAAAAUUAUUGAGAAGGCUGGUCAGGGUGCCUCCGGAGCUGUUUACUUGGCAGAAUCACUUGCCACUGGUGGUGACAAGGUUGCUAUCAAGCAGAUGGAUCUCAACGUGCAACCAAGAAAGGAACUUAUUAUUAACGAAAUUUUAGUUAUGAAAGACUCUCAGCAUAAAAAUAUUGUAAACUUUUUGGACUCAUACCUUCGUGGAAAUUCAGAUUUAUGGGUUAUCAUGGAAUAUAUGGAAGGUGGAUCAUUAACAGAAGUUAUUGAAAAUAACGAAUUUAAGCUUAGUGAAAAGCAAAUUUCAACAAUUUGCUUUGAAACAUUGAAAGGUUUGCAGCAUUUGCACAAAAAGCAUAUUAUCCAUAGAGAUAUUAAAUCAGAUAAUGUUUUGCUUGACGCUAAGGGUAAUGUGAAGAUUACAGAUUUUGGAUUUUGUGCCAAGCUUACAGAUCAGAGAAAUAAAAGAGCAACGAUGGUGGGAACUCCAUACUGGAUGGCACCAGAAGUGGUCAAACAAAAGGAGUAUGAUGAUAAGGUUGAUGUUUGGUCUCUUGGAAUCAUGACGAUUGAAAUGAUUGAAGGAGAACCACCGUACUUGAACGAAGAGCCAUUGAAAGCUCUUUACUUGAUUGCUACGAAUGGAACACCGAAAUUAAAGAAGCCUGAAGUGCUUUCGAAUUCCAUUAAGAAGUUUUUAAGUAUUUGUCUCUGUGUAGAUGUUAGGUACAGGGCUCUGACUGAUGAAUUGUUGCAGCAUUCUUUCAUUCAACAUAAACUGGGCUCUAUUGAAGAAUUGGCCCCGUUAUUAGAAUGGAAGAAGCAGCCUCGCCAGCAGCAGCCUGAUGAUAUGGAGACUUGA